CGAACCCAGUGUCAUUCAAGAUUAUCAUCAACCCUUUCCCUCCAGCAAGAAGAUGGCGAUUGGAGGCGACGAACCCUUGUUGCCAUUCGAGAUUAUCGUCAACAUUCUCAAAAGGCUUCCUGUCAAAUCCAUCGUUCGAUUUCGAUGUGUCUGUAAAGAUUGGAAAAAUCUCUUCAAAUCCCCAUCUUUCAUCGCUGAACACUUACGCCACUCUGAUCGCAAAAACCCUUUGCUUCUCCUCCAGGAAUACAAUUGCUAUGAUAGACGUGCGUACUUCUGUUUGCUUGAUCAUAAGAUGGAAGCCGUUGAAUCUUUUAGCACACCCCCCAAUUGGGGUGUUACUGGUUCCUGCAAUGGCUUGCUUUGUGUCAAAAUCUAUCUUUAUCGAAACGGGUUUCCUGUUUACCCAAUGAUUAGAGAGCCAUAGAGACAAUUCCAUGGAUAUAAGGGUGAUGGAGCUGGUUGCUACUGAAUUUGGGAGGCGUUUGAGUUGUCAGAGUAUAUCUUUGACACAUUUCCACAUGCUUCAGAUCCUGUAUGUAUUUGGAGGAAUGAAAUAGUUUUCUUAGGCAUUGAAUGUGAGAUUGAAGCAGGACGAUGUACCAGUGUACUUUCUUAAUCUGUUCAAUCUCACUACUAAAAAAUGGAAGGAGUUCCGCAAAUUUCCAUCUGCCCAUUAGUGCCAUGCGGGUUUCAAUUAUGAAAGUA